GAAACUUGAAUUCACCCAAAUUAUUUUCCAAAACAAAACGCAACACACGAAAUUCAUAGACUUGCUAGCUGAUUGAUUUAAACUAAAUUUGUCCUUAUUGCAAAGAAAUCAAUAGUAGGAGAGAGAAAUCAUCCUCUGUUGUAGAGAUGCGUACUUUUUUUUUCAUCUUUUCGAGCAUAACUCCUUCAAAGAAUAGACGGCUUCAUUAUCACAUCAUUUCUUCAAAAACCAAAUAUUUCUUAUAAGAAUUUUCUUAAAAAGUAAAUAUCGUUGAAAUCAGGUACAGAGUCUUUUUUCAAAAGAUUUUUUUUAUAAUUUUGCGCUUGCAAUAUGACAGACGAACUCUUUGAUGACUCAUGCGAAGAAAACGAGUUCGAUCAAGCUUUACAGGAAGCUGAUCAAGAGUCCGUAGACCAAGAUGUCAGUUCAUGGACCCAAGUUCCUCUAGAAUCCAUUACAGGUUUGUCAUACUACCCCAAUCGGCUUCCAUUAGACCUUCAAAACCAAAUUACAAAUGUCUUACCUAAAGGCUUAUUUUCAGGUACCAACUCUGGAAGACAAUUGCACCUAUACGUUCCUUUCCCAGAGCCAAUCCAGCGCUUAAACAAUUACUUACCAUCCGAAUUUUUGUCGGACGUUUGGAAGAAUCAACCUGCUGAAGCUUCCAUCAUCCAAGUUUAUAAUCCAGGAGACGGAAUCAUUCCACACAAAGAUUUGGAUAUGUUUGCGGAUGGUGUGGCUAUCUAUUCUUUCCUUUCAGACAUGACUAUGGUGUUUAAAUUACCUUCUAAAAAACUCAAAUGCGAUGUACGGCUACAGAAAGGAAGCCUGGUUGUCAUGCGUGGGCCAGCUAGAUACGAAUGGCUCCAUGAAAUACCAUUUCGAGGAGGAGAUUGGAUUUCAUCGUCUUCACAAGAUAAUGCAACAGCCUCGAACCAGACAUGGACGCCAAGGAAUCAACGUUUCAGUAUUACUAUGAGACGAAUUGUAGAAAAUCAUACCUUUGGGUAGGCCUCCUAACUAUUAUGAACAACUUUUUGGUCACUACACAGUCCUAAAAGACAAAUCGCUUUCUCUAUAUUGUCCGUUUUAUUAUUCAUUUCCUCAUAUUCAUGCAUAUCCCACAGCUCUUAUGAUUUAGAUUCGUUCUUCUGUUAUAGAAAUAUUAUUCUACUUCUCGUUAUCGUCGUAUCCUCCGUCUACUUUCUUCAGCUAUGCAUCUUUCUCUUUCUUUCUGACUUCCAGUUUCAUUAAAGCAUACUUCAGAUACAGCUACUAAUUGCUACUUACAUGAAAUGAAAGAUACAAAGCUGUGCUUCAUUAAUUUACAAAAGUCACUCAUUAACCGGUUAAGCCCAGGAAUUGCUAUUCCAUUUUUUGUUUGUAUGAAAUAAACAAGCCAUCUCUAGCUCUGAAUUUAUUGCUGCUCCUCUUCGUCGUUGCCAACAACGACGUUGUAGUAACGCAACUCGUAGACACCCUUCUUGGUGGAAACGACACGAAGCCAAUCACGGAGCUAUAAACGUAUUAGCUACAUGUUUGACUAAAUUUAAACUAAAAAUUAGUAAAACUUACAGAGUGCUUCUUCAAGAACUUCUUGGUCAAGUACUUCAAGUAACGUCCAGAGAAGUCAAUGUGAGCAAUGACAGCAACCUUGCUGGAGCCUUCACGAGAAACAACGACGGAAGAGCCCAAGUUACCAGUCUUGCCAUCAACCUUGAUGCGGUCGAUCAAGUACUUUUCGAAAGCGGAGAUAUCAAAGAUCUUGUCAUUGACGGCAGCAGUAGCGUCGAUAACGUACUUGUUGCUAACCUUUGCUGCUUUUUUCUACGUAUAAGUUAGCCUACUGGCAUCAUCCAGCAAAGCAACUUACAACCAUGAUGACUUCUUCCUACGAGUGUUGAGGUGGUGGAGGAUGAAUGUCGCAAAAGCCAGUUGCCAAAUUUGUGUAAAAGAAAAACCAGUCACAGCAACACAGACUAACCCUAACCUGCUUCUUCCCUGCAAACUCCGAGUUUCCUAAAUAACGAACUGUUACACUCUACCUUAACAAUCUGCGUUUAAUACGAUAUUCAAAAAAGUCAUGAAAAAUCUCAAUUUGUUUUUUUUCUAAGGCUAGCAAGCUCAGAAGCAAUAAAUGAAAAGUUCAUAUUGUAUGUAUCCUUAGUUUGUUUGGUUUUUGGAAGAAGUAUGGGUGUGAUCAUUAGUCGCAUGGUAUACAAAGGAAAAGAUACUUGAAAACGAAAUACAACAAUAAAUAAUCAAUUAAAUCAAAUAACCAAAAUGAAAACUAAACUUAUAUAAACCAUGACAAUUUGCGUUACCUCACAUUGUAAGAU